GAAAGAGGGAAGAUGAUUAGGAAAGUCUGGGAGAUGAAACUAUUGGUGACACAGUGGGUGUAGCAGACACAGCCCUGCUCAGUGGGAGUUAUGGCCAGAGAAAGAGAUUGGGUGGAGUUUAGAACUGGGGCAGAAUGGGAGUGAGAUCUUGCUGAGAAGGUAUCCAGGAUGAAGAAGCUGGAGGCAGGAUCUCUGAAGGUGAUGUUGGGAAGGCCCUUCAGGUAGACACAGGGAUAUACGCAGGCUGCUGUCCAGAGAGAGGAUGAGUACAUGGAGAGGAAUUACACUCUCUCUGCAUUUCCCUGAGGAAGAGGCACCUGGGCACUGCUCUCUCCUUUCAGGCUUGUGGUGGACCUUCCCAAGCAAGUCAUUCUGGCUCCGGACGUCGGGACUGGGCACUUCCUUCCAGCAUGGCCGCCACUGCCUCUCCGCAGCCACUCACCACUGAGGAUGCCGGUCCUGAGAAUAGCAGCUUCUAUUACUAUGACUACCUGGAUGAGGUGACCUUCAUGGUCUGCAGGAAGGAUGCAGUGGUGUCCUUUGGCAAAGUCUUCCUGCCAGUCUUCUAUAGCCUGAUUUUUGUGUUGGGCCUUAGCGGGAACCUCCUUCUUCUCAUGGUCUUGCUCCGGUACGUGCCUCGCAGGCGGAUGACUGAGGUCUAUUUGCUGAAUCUGGCCAUCUCCAACCUUCUGUUUCUGGUGACACUGCCUUUCUGGGGCAUCUCCGUGGCCUGGCAUUGGGUCUUUGGGAGUUUCUUGUGCAAGAUGGUGAGCACUCUUUAUACUACUAACUUUUACAGUGGCAUCUUUUUCAUUAGCUGCAUGAGCCUGGACAAGUACCUGGAGAUCGUACAUGCUCAGCCCUACCACAGGCUGAGGACCCGGGCCAAGAGCCUGCUCCUUGCUACCAUAGUAUGGGCUGUGUCCCUGGCCGUCUCCAUCCCUGAUAUGGUCUUUGUACAGACACAUGAAAAUCCCAAGGGUGUGUGGAACUGCCACGCAGAUUUCGGCGGGCAUGGGACCAUUUGGAAGCUCUUCCUCCGCUUCCAGCAGAACCUCCUAGGGUUUCUCCUUCCACUCCUUGCCAUGAUCUUCUUCUAUGCCCGUAUUGGUUGUGUCUUGGUGAGGCUAAGGCCCCCAGGCCAGGGCCGGGCUCUAAAAAUAGCUGCAGCCCUGGUGGUGGCCUUCUUCGUGCUAUGGUUCCCAUACAAUCUCACCUUGUUUCUGCACACGCUGUUGGACCUGCAAGUAUUCGGGAACUGUAAGGUCAGCCAGCAUCUAGACUACGCACUCCAGGUGACAGAGAGCAUCGCCUUCCUUCACUGCUGCUUUUCACCCAUCCUGUAUGCCUUCUCCAGUCGCCACUUCCGCCAGUACCUGAAGGCUUUCCUGGCUGCUGUGCUUGGAUGGCACCUGGCACCUGGCACUGCCCAGGCCCCAUUAUCCAACUGUUCUGAGAGCAGCAUACUUACUGCCCAAGAAGAAAUGACUGGCAUGAAUGACCUUGGGGAGAGGCAGUCUGAGAACUCCCCUAACAAGGAGGAUGUGGGGAAUAAAUCAGCCUGAGUGACC